AUCUUUCAUAAAAGGUACGCUAAAUUCCCACUUCUUGUAAAAACUUCUAUUAAAAAACUAAGCGAGGAAUAUGGUAGUGGUGUUCGGUUAGCAGAAGUCAAGACUUCUACUAAAAUUUGUUAUACAAGGGCACCUCCUGCCAGUUAUCUUGCUUCUACAAGCAAUAGUUCUUUACAACUUACUACAACUACUAUUGCACUACUAUUUGAUAACACAGAAGAAAUUCACUUUAAUGCAAUAGUCCAAAAAAAAUCUAUUCUAAAUAAUUAUCUUUUAUCUUACUAUUCUAAAUUAAUUGUAGCAAAAGCUCAUUACCAUUCUGCUUGGGUAGCUGUUACUGGAGUUUUAUGUGAUGAAACAAAAGAACAUCAGAAUAAGCAUUAUUGCUUAGUCUUAGUUAAAAGAGCAAAGCAGUUUGCUAAAGCUUUUGCAGAUGUAUUAGCUAUAAUAUCUCAAGAUGAUAAAUCUAAAAUUGGUCUUGGAAUACUCAUAGUAAUACUAUUAGUUUAUCUUAUUAUUCAAUCUGACAAAACAAAUAAUGAUAUUUAUUCAGAACAACUAGCAAUAUUUAUACAUCUACAAUGGUCAUUGGAAACAUCAUCAGCAACAUAUAUAGAAGAUCUUAAUUAUCUUAUAUCAAAUCUACAAUAUGCUAAAACUUUGAAAAUAGAUAACAAUAUUAAACCAAUUUGGGUUUUGUUAGUUAAUAGAGGCUCUGAUGAAAAUCCUAAACAUUUAAAAAUAUAUUCUUAUAUUUAUAAUCUAGUUAAGAGAGCUAUGGCAACUCUUUCAGGUAAGCUUGCUAGAAUAACACUUCCAAUUGAUCAUUUUGGAUAG